AUGGCUCUGAGUUACCUGUUCUUCUGGAACCAUAAAUCGAUUCAGAAUAAUGACUGGCGUCCCCAACCAGGCGAGACAACAAUAAAAAGACUUGACAACCUACCGCUCUGGCUAAAACGUCAAGACCUAAAAGCAACCUGCGUAGAUGCAGCUCCAUUCAUUUUUGGCGUCGGAGCUCUAGCACAUAUUCGUCAAGCCAAUGACUUCGGCUUCACAGCUAGAGCGUCCAUCUUUGCCAACACGAGGACAUUGCUCGCCACUCACCGAGCGACGCUGUUGGUGACACCUGUGAUUCUGGCUUGUCAGGCGAUGGGGGUGGAGUAUAGGUACUUCAUCCCUCGAUGGAGCCAUGAUAGGGAGCGGAGGCGCGAUGAAGAGGAAGUGCGGAAGCACAUCGCUGUAGGCAUGUAUGGAGGCGUGGCGCUCUGGGCGGUGAGGAUGUAUGGAUUCAGGGUUGGGAGAGCGUACUGGGCACCGAUUGAUGUCAUCUUGGGAGGUGCUUUGGCUGAUCUCGCGCAUCGGGAGUACAUGAAGGCGCAUGGACUGUAG